CUCUCCCCACGUGAACCAAGCAGCCGAGAUUUCUUUCUUUCGCCGUCGGGCUGGGAUUUCUCUCCGGCAGUCAGUUGGUCGGUUGGUGCUGUUGGUGCUCAGGUCGGCGCCCGCGAAUGCCGAAUCUCGCUGUCCGAACCAUGCGACUCUAACUGUGUGUCCGCUGCUGGACCAGACAAUCGGCACACCUGUGGAUUUUGCGAUUUCCAGCCUGGAUUUGUGUCUCGAGGUGUUGAAUGACAAUGUCGGAGUUUGAGAGAAUACGACGGGCGUGUGUGAAACGCGGCGAGUUGUGGGAGGACCCCGACUUUCCGGCAACCCAGUCCUCCGUCUUCUACCACCAAACACCACCCUUUCAAUUCGUGUGGAAGAGGCCUCACGAAUUGUGCAGCAGACCGCUCUUCGUCCACGAUGCCCCCUCCCAGUUUGACAUCGUUCCUGGCAAAAUGGGUGACAAAUGGUUGGUGGCGUGCCUGGGCGUGCUGUACCUGAGCAAAGGUCUCUUCUACCGCGUGGUGCCCGCCGACCAGGGCUUUGACCAACACGGGGGCGUGUUCCGCUUCCGUCUUUGGUGGUGCGGCGAGUGGACCGAGGUGCUGGUCGACGACCGCUUGCCCACCGUCCAUGGAAAGCUGGCAUUCCUGCAGGCCUCACUCUCGGACCAGUUUUGGCCCGGCCUGCUCGAAAAGGCUUACGCCAAGCUUCACGGAUCGUAUGAGGCCCUCAAGUACGGCUCCCUCUUGGACGGUUUGGCCGACCUGACCGGCGGCAUCACCGAGAGCGUCGCCAUCAGACACGACCCGACCACGUGUGGCCGCCUGCUGGCCACCCUUUUGGAGAUGACCUCCAUAAUCACCUGUACAGUACACCCAGCCGCGCCAAUUAACGGCACCCAGUCACCGCAGAUCAGGCACCUCGAGAAGCUGGCCAACGGCAUCCAGAUCGGGACCAACUACCGCCUCUACGCCUUGGACAGGGUUGAGACGUUCAAUGGUGAAAAUGUGCAACUGGUCAGACUGAGAAACCCAACUGGUGUGGGCAGCGAGUACGUCGGGGCCUGGAGCCGUGACUCCGCAGAAUGGGAAGAGGUCCCUAUGGACGAACGGGAAAGACUAUCCAGCUUGGGUGAUGGAGAGUUUUGGAUUUCUUAUUCGGACUUUGUAAAAACCUUCACUCAUCUGGAGGUGGUGCAUCUGGACAGUGAUACAAGUAGAGAUGAACCGUCCCUCCACCACAGAAACACGUGGCAGAUGAAAUUAUUCCAGGGCUCGUGGCAAAGAGGGGUCAGUGCAGGUGGCUGCAGAAACAACACAGACACGUUUCACAUUAACCCGCAGCUGCAACUAAUCCUCAGUGAUAUGCAGGAGGUGGUGGUGUCCUUGAACCAGCACAGCGUCAUGGAGCCCAAAGUCGUUGGCUUCACCUCAUAUCCUCUGCCUAAAAAUUCCUCAGAGACGAUCAACAGAAGUUUCUUCAAGAAGAACAAAUCGCUCAUAAAUUCUCAAUAUACUAAUAGUAGACAGGUGAGUCACAGGUGCCAGUUGGAGCAAGGCAGCUAUUUGAUAGUGCCAACUACAUUUGAACCUGGCCAGGAGUCAAGUUUUACUCUGAGAGUAUACUCCAGUAAACCUUUGAAGCUCAAAAUUAUGGACACAACACCGCAAUUAGUCAAAUCGCCAAUUCUGAAAGCACCGCCGACUCUGGAUGGCAAGAGCUUCAGUCAGUAUGAGGCUGUUUUCCUUCAGCUGGCUGAUGAGCAUCGAACAGUCAAUGCUUUUGAGCUGCAAGAGCUUUUAGACGCUUGUCUGCCCAAUGACUACAUCAAAAGCUGUGCCUCCAUGGAAGUUUGUCGACAGGUCGUUUUGGCAUUGGAUAAUUCCGGCAAUGGACGACUGAAGUUUUCUGACUUCAAGGACCUGAUGUGUAGUCUCAAGUCCUGGCAGGCUGCGUUCAAGAGUCAUACAAAGGAAAAGACGGGCAUUUUAAAGGCUGAAAGACUAAGGGAUGCGCUUAGUGAUGUUGGUUUUCAACUGAACGCAGACGCCCUUUCAAUACUAAUUCUACGUUACAUGAGAAAAGAUGGAACACUUAGAUUUGGGGACUUUGUCUCGGCAAUUUUGCACCUCAGUGUAGCUUUUAAUAUAUUUGACUCGAAAGAUCCUUUGCAAAAUGGUAGCAUCAAGCUGACCCUUUCUGAGUGGCUCAAGACGUCGCUGACUUGUUGAUGUUAGCUGUACUUGUUUAGUGUAUCAUGUUGUUGUAUUAUAAAAUGUAAGUACUUUUUAUGCAAGAUUUUUUUACCCUUGUUUUAUGAGCUGAAUCUCAAAUUUAUCAGUCUCUCUCUAAAUGAAAACACAUAUAUACAAAAAGUUUUAUUAAGAAUGAAAGCUCUCUUUGUAAGAUUGAAAAUAAUGAAAGACGUUGAAAAGGUUCAUAGCUGUGUAUAAAAUAUAUAUGUAAAAUAAAUUUUAAAAUAUUUUGGG